GUGACAAGCCCACGAGAGCAGGUAUAUAAUGAUUCAAGAUGUUGUCUAGAGAAAAGGCACAUUUUUAACUGACUAUUCGACUUACGAACCUCUUUAUUGCUAUUUCUACAAACCGGAUCUGUAGAGACGACAGAGAGAUGAAGACCCAGGAGACCCUCCACGUAGCCACCCCAGCCAGGGAGAGCCUGCCCCUCACCAAGCUGGCCGGCACCUCUGUCUACCUGAAGCUGGACUCCUCCCAGCCCACCGGCUCCUUCAAGAUCCGGGGCAUCGGACACCUUUGCAAGACCUGGGCUGAAAGAGGUUGCGAGAGAUUCGUCUGUUGUUCAGGUGGAAACGCUGGAAUGGCAGCGGCCUAUUCCGCCCGGAAACUCGGAGUCCCCGCCACCGUCGUGGUCCCCAGUGUCACCCCCAACGCCACGGUGGACAGGCUGAAGGACGAGGGCGCUAACGUCAUCAUCCAUGGCAAGGCGCUGAAUGAGAGUAUUGAGUAUGGACAGCAACUAGUGGCAAAUAACCCUGCCUGGAUCUUCAUCUCUCCCUUCGACGACCCUUUAAUCUGGGAGGGUCACACUUCCCUGGUGGAGGAGUUGGAGUCACAGCUGCAGGUGAAGCCGGGGGCGGUGGUGCUCUCCGUGGGGGGCGGGGGUCUCCUGAACGGGGUGGUGGAAGGUCUGCGUCGCGCUGGCUGGGAAGAUGUCCCCAUCGUCGCCAUGGAGACCGUGGGCGCGCACAGCCUCAACGCUGCCAUGAAGGCCGGGAAGCUGGUCACCCUGCCCGAGAUCACCAGUAUCGCCACGACGUUGGGCCUCACGAGAGUGUCGGCGCAGACCCUGAAACUCGUCGGCGAGCACAAAGUGUUCUCCGAGCUAGUGACAGACCAGGAGGCCGUGAAAGCUGUCGAACGCUUCGUCGAUGACGAGAAGAUCCUGGUGGAACCGGCGUGCGGCGCGGCCCUGGCGGCCGUGUACUGCGACAUCGUCGGUCGCCUGCAGAAGGAGGGCAAGCUGGCGAAGGAUCUGGGGCCUGUGGUGGUCGUGGUGUGCGGAGGCAACAACAUAAGCAUCGAGCAGCUAUGGAGGCUCAAGAAACAGCUGGGAAUGUCUUCCUAGGCGAUGGCCCCGACCAGAGCGACCUCAUGCUUCACUAUUUCAAACCGACACUCCAUUCCGCUCUCGCGCCGGUGC